ACAAGAGUUAUCUUUCUGACUUUUGAAAAUCGAAAGAGGAAGUAAAAAUUGGAAAUUUUACGAAUCACCCUUGGAAGUGUUUGUUUACCGUCAUAAAUAUAAGACAAAAAUUCGUACAAUUAAAAAAUGUUUCAGUCACCUGAAUAUUGUAAAACUUUGUCACUGAAGUUAUCUGAGGUAUUAGAGGAUGUUGGUGUUAAUGAGGAAAUGGUGAUGAAAAGAAGAAGAAUGUUCAUGCUGAGGGAGAGUUUAGGAACGAUUACAUACAGAUCAAUUGGUAAAAAGAGAACUUUGUAUCAUCUUGGGAGUCAGAUUGAAGGUACCACUACUAUAGGACUUCGCUCAGAUCAAGACACGGUAAUUGUAGAUUAUGGCUAUAAUGUCAUACAAGACUGGGCAGAGUGGAAACAAAGUAAGAGAAAUCUUCUUAUGAUACAGGAUGAGAAUGUUACACCAGGAUAUUGUUUUCUACAACUACUUCGAUCUGAUGAACCUUUUUUUGAGACAAACAUUCCUAAUGAACAUUACAUAAGAGAUAGCAUAGGGAGAAUCUUAUUAAGAAAUACAUUCCUAACAAGCUUUAAGCAAGAAAAUACUGAGCGACAUGGGCCAUCAAAUGCUGUCUCCGGGGUAAAUGGAUACCGCGACAUUGACGUUGUAUUUGCUUUCCCUUUUAAUUCACAACUUCGAUCAGUAUCACAUUUCCUAGAAAGACCCGGUGUUAAGAGGUGGUUAUCAUCUGAAAGUGUCAGAUAUGCUGCUAGUUGUGAUUGUUCUGUUGUUGGUACUAGUAGCAAGAUUGCUUCUUAUCCAGAUUUCGAGUGGAGAAUAUCUACUUCUUUAGCAGAGAGAUGUUUGAUGUUCAAUCUAAAUAUUACGCAAUUACAAUGCUAUGUUUUAAUGAAAAUAAUUUUGAAAACUUUUCUGAAUCCCCAAAAGCUGAGUAAUCUGUCUAGUUUUAUGUGUAAAACCGUUUUAUUACAUUGCAUAGAAAAUACAGAACAAAAAAUAUGGAAAAGGGACAAUCUUUUUACAUGUUUAUCGUACUGCUUGCUUGAACUUCAUAGCUAUGUUCAAAAUGAAAAUUGCCCGCAUUACAUUAUUUCUGAUAACAAUUUAAUGGCCGGACAAUUUACAGCUGAAGAGAAGCAAGACGUUUUAAAGAAAUUAUGUGACAUAAUACAGAGCGAUGGUGGAUUUUUACUGCGAAUAAGCAUGGAUAAUAUUAGCCAGAGACUACAGGUCAAGCUAAGUACAUUUGUUCAUAUUGCAUAUAAUAUUCCAACCUCACUUGAGAUACACGAAGAAUGUUUGUCUGAUCUUUUCCUCUGUCUAAUGACGGAGAUUAGCGGAGGAAUAAUAACGCUAAUUUAUAACUUGUCAAAUGAUCAUCAAUGUAAUCUUAAGCAUAUUAUCUUAAAGCUUACAUACUACAGUACACGCGGAAAUAGAGUGGAACAGUUUGUAAGUCGUUGUCUGGUACCAUUUUUAUAUUCAACACUAGGUCUUAUAAUGGCGUCAUCAAGUAUUGAACAGAAUAAUACAGUUAAAUAUGAAGCACUUAAGUGGCUUACAUUGGGUUUGAACUCAGAUGUCACAUCUGGCAGAUUAAAACUAGCUUCAAUGUUCUACUCUUUAGGUGAUAUGGAUAGAGCAGAGUUCAUUCUGAGACAAACUGAAAGUCGAUAUAACUCUACUGUUGUUGAACCUGUAUGUGGCUGCUGGCCUCAUCCAAUGACAAGUUGCUCUGCUGAAUUUAAGAGGAAAUGCAAUGACUUAAGUGAAAAUUGCAUCAGUAGUAUCGCAUCAUGUUGUGUAAAAUUCAUGCAGAAAGAAGUAUAUUGUGUGCCUCGAGAAUUGCGGUAUGAAAUGAUGAGAUCUACUCAAGAUGAUAUGCCAUAUAGAAGUGUGCAUGAAAAUUUUUGGAUGGACUUUGCUGUUGUUGAUUCCCUCCCUUAUCUCUACUUUUUACAAUACAAGACAUAUGGUUAUCUACAAAGACAUCAGAAUCAACAACUGGCACUAAGUAACCUUGUGGAGGUUAUCUUUACAGGAAGAAACUUUGGUCACAGGGAGACAGCGUUCAACCUUCUUGGCCAAUGUAUGGAACAAGAGGACAAACCAAGGGAAGCAUUACAGUGUUAUAUGAUCUCCCUUCAACACAGAGAAAGAAAUAAUGCGGCAAAGUUUCAUAUUUGUAAUUUAGUAAGAAAGUAUGCUUCAAACAGGUAG